GUUAGCUCCUCCAGGCGCUAACUAAGCUAGCUCCUGUCGUCUGCGGCUGGAAGACAUGGGGGCUGUGUGUAUCAGCCAUCACUGACAGCGCCACUGCCGAGAGGCCACACGUUACAGGGAAAACACCUGACAGACAUUUUCCCACUAAGCUGCCAGGUCAGGCCUGAACAUGGAAUCCAUGCUUAACAAGCUUAAAAGCACUGUCACUAAGGUGACAGCAGAUGUCACCAGCGCUGUCAUGGGCAACCCGGUGACACGAGAGUUUGAGGUUGGACGACAUAUCGCCAGCGGGGGUCCUGGAAUGUGCUGGAGAAUCUACAAUGGCACCAAGAAGUCCACCAAACAGGAAGUGGCAGUGUUUGUGUUCGAGAAGAAGGUGGUCGACAAGUAUCAGAAAUUCGAGAAAGACCAAAUCGUUGAUUCGCUGAAAAGAGGAGUGCAACAGCUAACCAGACUGCGUCAUCCCCGUCUCCUGACUGUGCAGCAUCCUCUGGAGGAGUCACGGGACUGCCUGGCGUUCUGUACAGAGCCGGUGUUUGCAAGUCUGUCCAAUGUACUGGGCCACUGGGACAACCUGCCGAGCCCUGUGCCCAACGACAUCAAGGAGUACAAGCUCUAUGACGUGGAGACCAAGUAUGGCUUGCUACAGAUCUCGGAGGGUAUGGCCUUCCUCCACAGUGGCGUGAAAAUGGUUCAUGGCAACCUGUGUCUAGAGAACAUAAUCCUCAACAAGAGUGGAGCCUGGAAAAUCAUGGGCUUUGACUUCAGCAUCUCCUCGUCAAACCCCUCAGAUGCUGAGCCCAAGUAUACAUGUAAAGAGUGGGAGCCCAUCCUCCCUCCACUCUGCCUCCCCAACCCGGAGUACCUGGCCCCUGAGUACAUCCUGUCUGUCAGCUGCGACUCUGCCUCCGACAUGUACUCACUGGGUGUGGUCAUGCAUGCCAUCUUCAAUGAGGGCAAGCCCGUUUUCAAGGUCAACAAGCAUGACAUUUUCAAGAGCUUCAGCCGGCAGCUGGACCAGCUGAGCAGCAUGAAUCCAGCAUUGCUGAAUAAGAUUCCUGAAGAGGUGCGGGAGCACGUCAAAAUGCUGCUCAGUGUCGCGCCCAAUGUCCGGCCUGAUGCUGACCAGAUGACCAAGAUCCCAUUCUUUGAUGAUGUCGGUGCUGUCACUCUUCAGUACUUUGACACCCUUUUCCAAAGGGACAACCUACAGAAGUCUCAGUUCUAUAAAGGCCUCCCCAAAGUCCUUCCCAAACUGCCCAAGAGAGUGGUGGUGUAUCGGAUCUUGCCGUCAUUGACCUCUGAGUUUGUCAACCCGGACAUGGUUCCCUUCGUGCUACCCAAUGUUCUGCUGAUUGCAGAGGAGUGCACAAAGGAGGAGUACAUUCGUCUCAUCCUGCCUGACCUCACACCUGUUUUCAAACAGCAGGAGCCUAUUCAGAUCCUGCUGAUCUUCCUGCAGAAGAUGGACCUGCUGCUGACCAAAACACCGCCAGAGGAAAUCAAGAACAGCGUGUUGCCUAUGGUCUACAGAGCUCUAGGAGCCCCUUCUGUACAGAUCCAGGAGCUGUGCCUGAACAUCAUCCCCACAUUUGCCAACCUGAUUGACUACCCGUCCAUGAAGAACUCCCUCAUCCCUCGGAUCAAAUCAGCCUGCCUGCAGACCUCCUCGCUAGCUGUACGAGUGAACUCUCUGGUGUGUCUAGGGAAGAUUUUGGAAUAUCUAGACAAGUGGUUUGUCAUUGAUGAGAUCCUGCCCUUCUUACAACAGAUCCCCUCUAGAGAACCAGCAGUGCUCAUGGGCAUCCUAGGAAUCUAUAAAUGCACUUUCAGCCACAAGAAGCUGGGCAUUCCCAAAGAGCACCUCGCUACAAAGAGCCUACCCCACCUCGUCUCUCUUAGCAUAGACAACAACCUCAAUCUGAAUCAGUUUAACUCGUUCAUGGCGGUUAUACGCGAAAUGCUGAGUCGCAUGGAGAAUGAACACAAGACCAAGUUGGAGCAACUGCACCUCAUGCAGGAGCAGCAGAGGAGUAUAAACAUUUCAAACCCAGGGAACCAACCAGAGGAGACAAAGAGCCCACCAAGCUCCGGCAACCAGAUUGAUGAUAUCUUUGGCAGCACAGGGGUUAAUGGAAAAGAGAAUGGGUCUGCACCAGCUGCACUAACCUCACAGCCUAACAGGAUGUCUCUGACUCUGGAGGAGAAACAGCGUUUGGCGAAGGAGCAAGAACAAGCAGUCAAACUGAGGAACCAGCAGCCGUUGGCACCACAGACCAUCAAACAGAACGCCAACACCAACUCACAGACUAAAGAUCUGACCAGCAGCCUUCUCAGCAUGACAACGCUCAACAGCCUGUCUUUGGCCAACACAGCACGACCAGCUCCAGUGCAGGGCAGCACCAUGUCUGCCUAUCCCUCCUCCAGCCCUGUGGUUGGCUCCAUGGGCACCCCAGUCUCUAAUGGCUUCAAUGCACCUAUGGGCUUCCAGACAGGGGGCAUGGGGAUGGGCAUGCGGCCCACCGGCCCUGGCCUCUAUGGCGGCAUGGCCACCACCAACAGCACCCCAAACUUUGGCGCGCUGACACAGAAUCACAUAUCCCUUGGGCAGACCAACAAAGCUCCCGACUUGUCAGCCCUGGACAGUCUUUUUACACCCAGCAAACCCAAAGUCAGCCUCAACCAAAUGGGUCCCAUAGCCGCACCUGCAACCAACACACCCUGGCUCAACCAGUACGGUUCUGCCCCGAACGCUCAAACUCAGAUGCAGGGUAUGCCAGUAGGUUCUGGAGGAGUGCCCUCUGGGUUUGGGAUGCAAGCAAACCCUUUUUUCAGCCCACAGAACUUUUCUCAACCUCCUGCUGCCCCAAGUAUGAACCAAAGUGGAGUUAAACAUAGUGCAUCUGUCAACAAUGACCUCAAAGACUUAUUUGGGUAAAUAUAUGUGAACAGCAGGCAGGUGAAAUAUCUUAUUUUAAUAACUUUAGACAGAAGAGCCUGAGAUUCUCACAGAAAAAGACUGAUUGAAUGUGAAGUUUUGGAAUCCCUUGAAGGAUGUUGCUGUGUGUGUUUUUAAAUUCAACCUGGUUUCAAAUUCUCAAUCUUGCUAACAUUCUGCUGGCGAAUUAACCUCCACCUGAGUUCAAUAUCUACCCGACCAGAAGGACUAAAAGGUUGUGGUGGGAA